CAUUCUCGCACUCUAACGUGCGUCCAGAAUCCGCUGAGCACUCAGCAUUCUAUUCAAUGAGGACGCAUUUCUCCGCCAUAAGCGAUGCGCAGUGCCGCCCGAAGUGUUAUCAUCGCUGAUCUAUACAGUGUAGCGCAUGCGUUCCUGAAGCCAGAAGCGACGCGCAAGACCGCCUCGAAGCGCUAACAUUCCCGAUCCAGCGCAUGUCCGACGAGUCGGAAACUGAUCGAGUCUCACGCAAGUUGGGAUCUUGACAGAGACCAUUUUCUGACAGGCCCUGCCAAUGAUUAUGAUUAGAAACCUCCACAGGCAUCGUGCAUAAGCACGGUUUGCUUGGAUUGGUAAACCGCGUCUGGCAGGCUCAGUACAGGAAUUGCAAUAUAAAUACACCGCCUGAUCAAGCGUCAAUUAUCAUUUACAACCCUCACAAUGCCCUCAGAUUCGACUACUACUGCGACUCCUCUCCAAAUUACGAUCGUUGGCGCUGGACUUGGUGGCCUUGCGGCUGCUGUGGCCUUGCGACAGAUUGGGCACACCGUUCAAGUGUUUGAGCGGACAGAGAACAAGACCGAGGUCGGCGCUGCGCUGGGGGUUCAGCCCAACGCGAUGUGCGUGUUGAAGCACCUCGGCGUCCAAGAGGCGAAUUUGAAAGGCGUGUUUGUCGCGGGAAUGAGCACUUUCGAUCCUGCCACGGGGGAGGGGACGGAGCACACGUUCCCGCGCAGCGAGGCCCGUGGAGAAAAAGACGCAAGUCCAAUCCCCGCUACAAUCCUAGCUUUCGAAGGAGACGUAGUUCUCGAGUCCGGCGAGAUAGUCCACGCGGACCUGGUCAUUGGAGCGGAUGGCGUCCAGUCGCUCAUCCGUACGCAUGUCAUCGGAUAUGUGCAGAACGCUAUGCCCACUGGGAUCGCCUGUUGUCGUUCGGUGUUCAAAGCGCCCUCGACCGACGGCAGCGACUCAGGUCUCGAGUGGCUCAGCGGAAAAGCGCCAGGCGUCCGUUCUAUCGCCUGGAAAGGCCUUCCCUUCCGGAUGAUUCUUUGCUAUCCGUGCAGGAACGGUGAGCUCAUCAAUACGGCCCACUUCUAUACGGAAACAGAGGAGGAGAAGAACGACGUCUCGCACCAUGCCUCCACUCCGACGAUGUCCCCAGCGCAGGUACGCGCCAAGUUCGCCGACUGCGACCCCAAGUUCCACCGCCUGCUCGACCUGCCGAAUCACUCCGGCAAGAUUUUCCGCUGGCGGCUGCGCGCGCUGCCCGAGAUUCCGACGUGGUACAACGGCCGCACUGCGCUCCUCGGGGAUGCGGCGCACGCCACACUUCCGUUCCUGGCCCAGGGCGCGGCGAUGGCGAUCGAAGAUGCGGGUGUCCUCGCCUGCCUUCUUCCCCUUGGGACCACACGCGAGGACGUCUCCGCGCGACUGGCAGUCUGGCAGGAUCUCCGCAAGCCCAGAGCGGAAUUUGUGAACAAGAAGUCCUUUGAACAGAUGGAUCUUAUCAUGGCUGGUAAACAAGGUAGCGGGACCGUCAAAGGCGACACGCGGUCCGAGUUGGCUGACUAUGAUGCGAUUGCAGCCGGUCGAAAGGCUUAUCAGAACAAGUUCGGUGGCAGGUAUAAUGCCUAGUAGAUUCACAAGUAGAUAGGUUCCAAGAUUUUCCUAUUUCAAUGCAGUUUUACAGAAAACCCUCCCAC